AGGAAACUGGUCGACUCGUGACAUUUCAUUAUUAUUCCAAACGUUCACAACAUUCUAUUCUGAAACAAAAAUUUACGUUACAUUUAAUUUGUUAAAUUUCGGUACAUUGUAGCACUUUUAACUUGUUACAACUUUUAACAGGAAGUUUGGAAGGAUUUUGAUUCACCCUUAUAACUGGAAUCUUUUGAAUCGCGAUUCUUUCAGUUGACUUUCAUCCUGCGAGUUACAACUCCGUGUUAUUCUUUUAUUGUGAAAUGAACAAUUCACUGAAUCGUUCAUUCGUUUCGUUAAAAAUACCGAGUCGAUAAGAAUGUCCAACAACCACUACGAAGUAACGUUACCUGACCAAUGCUGGAAUAAAUGCUCAUCUCUGCCGCACAGAAGUUAUUGUGUCCUCGCAAGAAACGUUUGUCCCCGUCCACGUGUCUUGAUGUGACUGUUCAAAUAAUGGCUGUGGAUCUGGGCGUCAAACCAGCGCUGCUUUACGACAGUAAUACAGCAUCUCCAGAGCAGCUUCAGAUGUACCUCAAAUCUCUACAGGAGUCUGGUGUUGUAACCAAUCCACUACGGAUUCUGUCAAUUGAUGAAAACACGUUCAUUUUUAAUCCUGCCACUAUUGAGUCCCACUUGGAUGAUAUUCUCCAAAGCAAAAGUGUCCUCCUGAUUGACAUAUGUCCCUCAAUAAAACAACCGGUCUUGGUUGGUUUUGAAAAGACAACCGAGGAUAUGAUCAAAACUCUUUCAGAACUCUUCAUGAGUGAGCUGGAGAAAGGCUCCUCAGUGAUUGUGUUGGGAGAGGAACUGUAUAAUGACUGGAACUUGUGCACUCUUUUUGGACUCCUGUUAGGUUAUCCGGCCUCGUACUGGUUUGACCAAACGAAAGGAUUUGGGAACUGUUUGUGUAUGACACCACUGGUGGUGAGCACGGUUUGGGUAAAAUGGCAAAUAGAUGACAUAAAUCAUCGCUGUUGUCUUUACUCAUUUAGUGUUCCUGAAGAGCUCUGGUCAGAGGUACAAAGUCAUGUGCAACGGUGGACUGAGCACCUGAGAGAGAGAUUUAACAAACAGCUGGUUCUGACUGAUCUCUGCUUUUCUAGAGAUACUGUCACUUUGCCCUCUGUGACACUCUGAAUAAACCUGAUUAAUGUUUCUUGUUUAUUAUGGAGUUUGUUUCUCAGACAUUCACCACCUAUUUUCAGUAUCAUUUAUGCUCUUCAUAGAUUUCUUAACAAAGCAACAUAAAAUAAUGUAUGCAUAUAAUAAAUUUAGGCAAUGAAUCUCAUCCUUUUUGACCCCAAGGUUUCCCUUUUAUCAAAAAAAAAAAGAAAGAAAAAACUUAAAUAUGCUAAAAAUUAAAAAACCAAGUCUUUUAUAUCUUACAUUAGAUACAUACAUUAUACUAAAGUAAAGUGAUAUAUAUAACUGAUCUCAACUGCUUGAUGGUUUAUAUAGUUGAAAAAUGUGAACGAUAUAAUUGGCUAGUUUUUAAACUGCUCAAUGCAACUAAAAUGCAUGAAGAUAUUCAGAUAUGAGAAACAUUUACACCACGAUUUUCUGUAAAACUGCUUUGAAACAAUGUGUAUUGUGAAAAGCACU